AUGAGGCUUGCCCGCUUGCAGCCCCUCAGGGGUGUGCAAGGAAAGCCAUUGCAGCGACUUUCCACGCCGGCGUGGAUCUGCCCCAGCUGCCAGCCGAGUGGCUCGUUGUCGCGUCGCUGGAACAGCUCGGCGCAAACGAAAGAGAAGCCGUUUUACGUCACGACACCCAUUUUCUACGUCAAUGCCGCCCCUCACAUCGGCCAUCUGUACUGCACCGUCCUCGCCGACGUGGUCAAGCGAUGGCAGCAGAUCAACGGUAAGGAGGCCUACCUCUGCACCGGCACCGACGAGCACGGCAUGAAGAUCCAGCGCGCCGCCGCCAAGGAAGGCAUGGACCCGAAAUCCUUUUGCGACCUCAAUUCCGACAAGUUCCGCAGCCUGACCUACGACGCCGACAUCUCCAACGACUUCUUCAUCCGCACGACCGAUCCCGACCACAAGGACGCUGUGGCGCAGUUUUGGCUGCAGCUCAAGUACUCGCUGCCAAAGAAGCUGGGCCUUUACAAGGGCACGCACGAGGGAUGGUACUGCGUCAGCGACGAGUGCUUCUACCCCGAGGAUCUGGUGCAGCCCAGCAUCGUGCCGCAGACGGGCAAGAAGAUUAUGAUCAAUGUCGAGUCAGAGAACGAGGUCGAAUGGGUCAAGGAGGAGACAUGGUUCUUUCCGCUGACCAAGUACAAGGACGCGCUGCUCAGAUUUUACGACGAGAACCCGGACUGGGUCAAGCCGGCGAACCGCAUGCAAGAGGUGCGCGACUGGGUUGAGAACCAUCUUGAGGACCUUUCCGUUACCAGGCCUGUGUCAAGGCUCAACUGGGGUGUCUCGGACCCCGAGGAUCCGUCGCAGACCAUCUACGUCUGGGUCGACGCCCUCAUCAACUACAUCACAAAAGCUGGCUAUGGUACCAAGUGGCGGACGGCAACCAAGGACAUGGGCAUCUGGCCGGCGGACCUGCACAUCAUUGGCAAAGAUAUUCUGCGCUUCCACGCCAUCUACUGGCCUGCGCUGCUACUGGCCCUUGGCCUCCCUCCCGCCAAGGGUAUUCUGUGCCACAAUCACUGGACCAUGUCCAACCGCAAAAUGUCCAAGUCGCUCGGCAAUGUCGUCAACCCCGUCUUUGCCCUCCAGCGCUGGGACGUAGAUCCCUUGCGGUACUUUCUCAUGCGCAACGGCAAUUUUAGCAAGGACAUGAGCUACUCUAAUGAUAUUAUCGCCGCCAUCUAUGGAAAGGAACUGCAGGCCAAUAUUGGCAAUCUUUUUUACAGAAUUGCCAAACCCAAGGCCGCCGCAGGUUGGUCGACCAAAAAGGCAGUCGACGCGAGUAAUAGCGGCGCUUUCCAGGCUCUCGAUACAAUUCAAGGCAAAGAAGAGUACGCGCAAUUCUUCUCGCUCGAGCCCGUCCUCGCGCGGACUACAGAGGCCGUUUCCAAAGAAAUGGAAGAUUACAAUACCGGCGGAGCUAUCCGCGAAGUAUUUGAGCUGCUUAGAGAAACGAACCGAUUCAUCACCGACACGCAGCCGUGGGUGCUAGCCAAGCAAAACCAGGCCCCGUCGCCGCUGCUUCUAAACUGGGCCAUCCAUCGCAGUGCCGAGGCCCUCCGCAUCGCCGCCAUCCUCCUGCAGCCCGUCAUGCCAGGCAAGAUGUCGCGCCUCCUCGACGAGAUGGGCGUGCAGGCUGAGCGGCGCACCGUGGCGCACGCCAGGCCCGGUGCCGACGACGCCUACGGCACUGCCAACGACGCCCCCUCCAACCACGACCGCGCCAACAAGCACCUGACGCUCUUCCCGCCCAUGGCCAGCGGCGACGUCUCGGAUGCAGAGGUCCUGCGGCAGCUCAAGACGCAUCUGGGGAAAGGGGCGGCCAAGUCCAAGAUGAACCAGAUGGUGGAGCUGCUGGCCAUGGAGGCGAGAAUGGGCGAGGCGCAGGUGGCCAGGCUGCUGGAGACGGAGAUUCCCGUGGAGCAGACCCCCAAAUAA